CAGAACAUCGACCUUUGAUCCUGAAGCUUUCAGACUCUAGGAAAUUUUCUCCAAGCUGCCGAGGAGCAGGAGCUUCCUGACCGCCUUCUGAAAACUAAACCCUGAAAGAAGAAAACGAUGUCUCCGAGCUGAUCCUCGAAGAAAGCUUCGCCAGGAAAACUCGUCUUCCAUCAGUCGACGAGGUUGGAGCAUCUUGCAAGAGAUUUCCACGGAUCUAAAAUAAUAAAAAAAUAAACAAUGUUUGGAAACAACRGUCCAUACUCCUACUCCAGGGGUUUCCCACAGGAAGACUUCCCUCAGCAGGGACGGYCUUUCCAACUGGACGAGCCCAAAGAUGUGUUGCUGCAGAGAAACGGCCUCUCCAGGCCAAGUGGAAGAAACAUAUACAAGCAGAGAAAGGAAUAUUUAGAGGAGCUCAACAAAAAACCAGACAUCUUCCAAGUCAGAGUGGAGCAUCUGUUCACCUGUGAGCUGGACGGCCAGGAGGUGAGGACCGCGGACGACUGCGUGGCCAAACUCAUGAAACUGGACGCCAAAGGUCGUCUGUGGCCACAGGAGAUGAUCCUGGGGCUUGAUGGAGCGCAUCUUCUGCUCUCUGACAUCGAGAGCAAGGCUGAGCUGGAGUCGGUACCCAUGAUGAGCAUCAUGCAAACCAAGGCUGUGCUGGACAGCUGCGCCUACAACUCCCUGCUGGCAGUAACAGUGCAGGACCACAGCAGACGUUUCCCACAGGUCUACAUGUUCCAGUGUGAGGAGACCGGGGCAGAGGUGAUUAAGGCCGAUCUGGAUAAGGCAGUGCAAGGAGGAGGGGGGCAUCCGCCUGACGYCAGGAAUAGCUUUGAUCGGCAACGUCCAAGCUUCAGAUCCGGGCCCCGUCCUGUGCAACAAGAGGAGACUCUCCCGCCUCCAGACUACAGAGGCCCACAGCCGAUGAGGAGAGAGUCUGAUUACAUGGCUCCCCAGAGGACCUACUCUCCAGAAGCAGACAUGAAUCAGUAUGCGGAUUUUCAUGAGAUGCAGAKCAGUUCACAGGUGGUUCCUGACGUAUCAGACACAGAGAGGAACAUGGAGAUUUUAAAUCACGUCAUCGACGAUUUGGAAAUCUUCUUAGGCAAAGCAGCUGCAAGUGCACCUCCUCCUCAAGACAAGAAGAAAAAGAAGAAAAAGGCGAAUAUAAACGCUUCCAAUCUGCCACAUUGGGAAGAAUACGUAUUUUGCCUUCAGAAACUCAAAUAUGGAUUCAAUCUGCUGGCUAAGUUAGAAGGAGCUCUGGCCAACCCCACCGCUGCUGAUUAUGUUCACAUCUUCGUCACUAAUAUGGGCGUGAUAGUUCCUCUGUAUCCUGCAGACCUGCCUCCUACAGUUGUGUCUCCCCUGCUGACAGAGCAGGCCUUGAACAUGCUCAAUCAGACCCUGUCCAUAGACGAGAAACGCCUGUGGAAGACUUUGGGCGACUGCUGGUCCAUGCCCAGGUCUGCGUGGCCGGAUGAAAACGUACCACCUUACAUCCCAGAGUUUUAUGACGGCUGGCAGCCUCCUGCUCCGUCUCACGCCCUUCCUGGGCCCCCUCGUCAGAAUAAUCCAAUCAGCAGAGACAACAGCCAACGCUUCCCAUCCGGUCGGUCUGGAGGACCAGUCGAUGACAACCAGAGUUACUCACGAGCCAUGCAGCAGCAUCCUGACGAGCCUGCGGCCAAUGAUCACUGGAGUCCACCUCUACCGAUGCGCCCCACAGAGCCACCACUGUACAUGCGUGUCAUAUACAACUUCAUGGCCAGGAACAGCCAAGAGCUAAGCGUUAUGAAGGAUGAGGUGGUCCAGGUGGUUCAGAAAUCCAGGCCAUGGUGGCUCGUGCGCAACUCCCGAAACGAGGAAGGGAACGUUCCUCCGAAUGUUUUGGAGCGGGUUGACAAUGAUGGAUCCACGCAGGAUCAACAGUGGGACAGCCGUGGUGGCCCCGUGACUCUGAACAUGAGCUCCAGUCCUGCUGAGGUGAAGGCAUGGCUCGACUACAAAGGUUUCUCUAGAAUCACCAUCUCCAGCCUCGGGGUUUUAAGUGGGAAACAGCUUUUGGGGAUGUCCAAAGAAGACAUCAGGACUGUGUGCCCAGAGGAGGCUGGCAAGGUUUUCUUCAACCUUCAGAGUGUCAAGUCAUCACUCGCGCUGGCCAAUGAACCUCCAGGCAUGUACAACGGACGCUACUGACGUGGAACUAAUGAGAACCUGCUGCUCUCUGCAUGAACUCUACUCAAACCGGCGCCAUUUCUACGUUCAGCAGAAGUGAUCAGCUGCUCAAAUUUUACACCGUUACAUCUUUUUCUUAUUUAAUGUAGUCCCAUAUGUUGAUUGAUGCACUUGGGUCUACUUCCCCAUUAAACUCGAGUCGUACAUGCAUUUGUUUAAAAAAGUGGUACUUUCUGCUGUAUUAACCUUUUUUCUUUAAAUCUAUAACUUUAUGAUGUAUUUUGUGGUAGAAAAUGUUCAUGUAAAUUCAGAACUCAAGACAAAGUCAGUACAAGAUUCAAUUUAAUCUGUCAGAAAUAAUGGUUAUAGAUGUUUUAACUGAAAAUAAAC